UCAAAAAAGUUAGUUUGGCUCUGUGUGUGAUGACGUUAUGUUGUCUAAUGUCGUCGUCGUUAAUUAUUGUUCCUUAUUUUAAUCAUUGUUUUCGACAAAUAUUUAAUCAGUUUAUAUUUAAUAGUGUUUAUUGCGCGGAAAAAACAUUGAAUUCAAGUUAAUAACGCGAGAAAUAUUAGUUAUUUAGGAAGGAAAAUAAAAAAAAACAUGGCGACAGCUUCAUCGAUUUCAAAUGUGGAGAAUUUAUCGCCACAAAUUAUAAGACGCGUUGCUAAGGAGGUGAAUGAAUUGGCGAAUGAACCUCCGGAAGGUAUACGAGUUAUUAUUAAUGAACAGGACAUAACUGACAUUCAAGCUGUGAUCGAAGGACCUGCCGGUACUCCGUACGCGGGUGGAUUUUUUAAAGUAAAAUUGGCACUGGGCAAAGAUUUUCCACAGGGACCACCGAAAGCCUUUUUUCUUACGAAAAUUUUCCAUCCAAAUGUUGCAAAAAAUGGUGAAAUCUGCGUGAAUACUUUAAAAAAGGAUUGGAAAUCCGAUCUCGGAAUUAAACACAUUCUCUUGACUGUAAAAUGUCUGCUAAUUUUUCCAAAUGCCGAAUCUGCGCUUAAUGAGGAAGCAGGUAAAUUACUAUUGGAAAGGUACGAUGAUUAUUCGGACAGAGCGAAAAUGAUGACGGAAAUUCACGCACAAGCAAUCAGAAAAGGCAAACUAGGCCUUGAGAAUGGACCACAAUUACUGGAAGUUGGCGGUCCACUUCCCAAGAAGCACGCCGGCGACAAGAAAUUAACCGCGGAAAAGAAGAAAAUGCUCAAGGACAAAAGAAGAACACUAAAAAGAUUAUAAAAAAAAAUUAAUUAAGCAAAAAAAAAACUAAUUUAAAAGAAAAAUUCGAAAAAAAAGAAAUUUUUAGUGUAAUUUUUUUCCAUUGUGUCGUUGUCGUCGUCUUCGUCGUCAGAAUUUGUCUUAUUUCGUGUGAAUGUGUGUUUAAAAAAAAAGUAUUUCCUCACAUUUGCACACAAUGUGUGUAGAAUUUGCAAACAAAAAAAAAAACUAUUUAAAAAACAAAGAGAGAUAAGAAAGAAAAAAGAAAAAAAAACAAGCUAAAAAAAACCUCGACUGAUCUUUUAUUUUGUUCUGUGUUUAAAAUAGAAGAAAAUUUGGUAUAAUCGUUUUUUCUUCUUUUUUUCUUUUGUAGUGUGUGAUAAGUUUUUUCUUCUUCUUUUUUUGUGAAAAAGUAAAGAAAAAAAAUUAAAAAAAGAACGUCCCGGGAUCGUUAAUCUACUAGUGAAUAUUUUUUCAUAUACAUGUGUACAGAAGAUUUAUCGUGUUUAUUAAAGGGCUACAUGAAAAAAAAA